AUGGAGACAGAAGAUCUCGAUAAUGCUGUUAAAUCUGCAACUAAGGAAGCUGGAUUAGAACCAAAACAAGAAACAGGGCCCCCAGGAAAAAUAGCCGGGGAAUUAGAAAGUAUUGACCGAGUAAAGGGACGAUUGUUUUCCUCUGUACAAACAGGUGGAGGGGUAAAUGUGCAAGACUCCGUUAUUUUAUACAACAGAAGAGAAGAUAGUCUUCAAGAAAACAACCCAGAUGAAAAUGCGAGAGAAGAAAAUGCAGAAACAGUGACGAGAAACGUAAAUAUGAAUCCAACUGUUGAUUGUGAAAGUUCCCCUAACCUGGAAAAUACGGCGUUAGAUAACAACCACUACCCUGUGGCGGAUAAUGCUCCUCAUGACCAGACAGUCCUAAGUAACGCCGCUUGUCUUGAAAGGACCUUGAGUGUCGAGUCAAGUAGUAGCCUUGCGUCAGAUCUUUUAGAAUGCGAUACUUGCAAGUUGUUGAGAGGCAGGUUUUCAUCCAGAGAAUCAGUCGAUUUUUGGGACAAGGUGGAUCGUUGUGGAAAUGAUAGAAAUUGCAAUUCCAAGUUUUGGAUCAACUUCAUUGCAAAAUUAGAGGAAGAAUUUCCACAAGAGAACGGACUUCAAAGCAAACAGACCAGGUCCCUACUUAAAACCCUCCUUGGAGUCAAGAACAGAGAUGACGCAGAAGUUGGCCUUACAGACUUACUGAGCGUAGUCAGAUUCUUUGGUCCUGUAAAGCCUGACCCUAGUGGAAGAUGUCUUCUCAUUCAACACCUGCAAGAAAUUAUCAAAAGAUCGGUCUUGAAGGGAAAACAAUAUCAAAGAGUCAGCUGGUUUGCCGGUGAAAUGUCCAGAGACGAGGCAAAUGAAAUCCUACACAGUCAAAGUGAUAAUACCUACCUUGUACGAAUGAGCCAAAGCAAUGCAGAAAGAGGUUCGUUUGUUGUGUCAGUGAAAAAUAAAAAUGGUUGCCACCACUUUGAAAUUGAAGGUAAUCCUUUGGAAUCGGCUAAAAGCCCAACCAUCAAUUGUCACCUACGUCUCAUGGGAAAGAGCUACCAGACACUUCCUGCAGCCAUUGAGGACUUAAAAUUUAAUUCUCUGCAUGACGAAGACAACAAUGAGGACAUCUGGUGUACCCGAAUAUGUCCUGAUCUAAGAUUUAACAGUAUCAUCACUCCGUAUAAGGUUACAAAAUAAGAUAAAAAGAAAUUCCGGACAAUUGAUGGAAUGUCCUUUACAUUACAGAUGAUUUGCCAAUUCUAUCUUCUACAAAAAUAGAUUGCUUUUUAGCUCACCUGAACCGAAGGCUCAAAUGAGCAUUUCUGAUCGAAGAGUGUCCGGCGUCCGUCUGUAAUCUUUACACA